AUGAUAGACAAUAUAAUCAAUAAUUUGCAAAUCAUACUACAGCAAAAUGAUGAUAAUUUUACAUCCCCUCACGACGAUGUGAUAUAUCGACCACAUUCUGCUCGUGUAGCACGAUAUCAAGUAAUAAUUGCAUCUACAUUGGGACUCACUGCCCUAUUACUAUUUUCUAUCUUACGAUUAAAAUAUCCCAAAAUAUAUGUGGCAAACUUUAAUCAUUUGAAUUUCAGUCUACAUUCGACCUCAAGAAGGAAUUUACCUGAAUUGCCUUCAAAUUCAUUAUUUGGUUGGAUUCCUACAGUUUACAAAAUUACUGAGCAAGAAAUUUUGGAACAUGCUGGAUUAGAUGCAGUUGUGUUUUUGGAAUUUUUUAAAAUGUGCAUUCGAAUAAUAAGCAUAUGUUUAGUAUUUGCCAUUAUUAUCAUAUCUCCUAUCAGAUACAAGUUUACAGGGAGAGUAGAUGAAGAUUAUCCCGACGAUGAUAGUGACAACGAUGACGAUGAUGGAAGUAAUAAUAAUGGUACCACAAUAAUUAAGCAUAUAGUGUCAGCUGGAAUUCUGGUGGCAAGUAAAAAUAACGAUGGAGAACAGUAUCAACAAUUUCUUUGGUUAUACACUAUUUUCACCUAUGUAUUUACAUUUGUUACUGUUUACUUUCUAUUCAAACAAACCAAUAGGAUUAUUUCUAUGCGUCAGAAGUAUCUUGGAUCGCAAAAUUCAGUCACCGAUAGAACGGUAAAAAUAUCUGGGAUACCAGGAUCAUUACGAGAUGAAGUGGCACUCGCACGGCACAUUGACCGUUUGAAUAUUGGUGAAGUGGAUUCUGUGUUGAUUGUCAAGGAGUGGCAAAAUCUAAACAAACUAUUCAAAAGAAGGAGAAGAAUAGUUCGAAAAUUAGAGGAAAGUUGGGUUGAAUAUUUUGAAAAAAAUGGGAUAACCAAUAAGAGCGAUUUGAUAUCGUUGCAUCCCCAAGUUGGCGAACUGUAUCGUUUUUCCAAUAGGUAUACUGAUGAUGCAGAAGAAUCACCAGACUGGGGAUCUCAAAAUUCGAACUCUGCACAAGCUUCAAUAAUAGAUCAAGACUCAGAAUCUGUUGAAGGAGAUUCUUCUGACACUUUGAAUCGCUUGUUGAAUGAUGAACUGAGAACAAGACCAAGUCUUCGGAAAGGUUGGUUCGGAUUGUUUGGACCUAAAGUGGAUUCAAUAAACUACUACACCGAUAAAUUGGAGGUCAUAGAUAAAGAGAUUACCAGGGCCAGAACUAGAGAAUAUCCCGCCACUUCGACUGCAUUUCUCACUAUGAAAACCGUGGCUGAAGCACAAAUGUUGGCACAGGCAGUCUUGGAUCCAAAAGUCAAUCAUCUUAUCACCAACUUGGCCCCUGCUCCUCAUGAUAUCCGAUGGGAUAAUUUGUCAUUAACUAGACAAGACAGAAAUACAAAGAUCCUUGCUGUCACGAUAUUUAUUGGUAUAAUGAGUUUGUUGUUGGUUUAUCCAGUCAGAUUUAUGGCUAGUUUUUUAAACACUAAAAGCAUUUCUAAAAUAUGGCCAUCAUUGGGGAAAGCUAUUGAAUCGCAUAAAUGGGCCGAAACUUUGAUUACUGGAUUAUUGCCAACUUAUUUAUUUACAAUUUUAAAUAUUGUGAUUCCGUUUUUUUAUGUAUGGAUUUCUGAAAAGCAAGGUUAUUUAUCUCAUAGUGAUGAAGAGUUGUCAUCGGUAUCCAAGAACUUUUUCUAUAUAUUUGUGAACUUAUUUUUGGUUUUCACAACUUUUGGUACCGCCUCUUUUGUUGAUACGACCAAAAUUGCAUUUGAUUUAGCAAGAUCACUCAGAGAUUUGUCAAUGUUCUAUGUUGACUUAAUAAUUCUACAAGGAUUGGGUAUAUUCCCAUUCAAAUUAUUAUUGGUGGGGAACUUACUUCGCUUUUUAGUGAAUUCAUUAUUUAGGUGCAAGACCCCAAGAGAUUACUUGAAUUUGUACAAACCGCCAGUUUUCAAUUUUGGUCUACAAUUACCACAACCAAUAUUGAUAUUUAUUAUUACGUUGGUAUACUCGGUAAUGUCUUCGAAGAUAUUAACUGCAGGGUUACUAUAUUUUAUUAUUGGUUAUUUUGUGAGCAAAUACCAAUUGCUUUAUGCUUGUGUUCAUCCUCCACACUCAACGGGCAAAGUUUGGCCAAUAAUUUUCCGAAGAAUCAUAUUAGGGUUAUUUCUUUUUCAAAUCACAAUGGUUGGCACAUUAGCAUUACAAGAUGCAAUCACAUGUGCUACUUUCUUGGCACCAUUGCCGUUUUUGACACUUUACUUUUGGUGGAGUUUCCAUAAACAAUAUAUUCCCUUGUCAACAUUCAUUGCCUUGAGAGCAAUUGAAAGCAAUGAAAAUAUCAACCCUACUGAUUUGGAGCAAAUCAUUGAAAACAACAAUAAUAAAACUCUUGACGAAAGAAGGGAAUUGAACACUAAAUACGAAUACCCCAAUCUAGUUAAUGAUUUAGACGGGCCAAUGAUUGCAUUGGAUGGUGAAGAUGUAUUGAUAGUUAAUCGAGAUGGUACAACUGUACGGAAACCACCUCAAUAUUUCAGUUCAGAAUGGGACUAUUAA